UUUUGAACCGCACAACACGGGGAGGUCUUUCUCUCUCCAUGAAUCCACAUUUAUCUUUCUCUCUCUAUGAAUCCACCUUCUUUCUUGGUUUUUCCUGGCGAGCUUUAUUUGCACUACAUUUAUGUAUUUGAUUUUGAAGAAUCAAGAUCAUCACUUUAACCAUGUUUCUCUUUGACUGUGUUUCUAGCUGGUGAGUUUUGUUUACACUUUACACUGCAUUUUCCUCCUUGAUUUUUAAGUAUAUCAAUCUUCAUAGAUUGUUAGUUAUUUUUGUUGACUGUAAAGCAAAAACACAUUAGAUACCUCUGAGUGUAUUACAGUCCUGAGUUUGAUAUUCUCUAUCUUCUCUCUCCUUUCUUACCCUGAGAAAACCCAUAUAAAAUCUUUUCUCACUUCUUAUUGAUUAUGAUGUCUUAAUCACGGAAUACCCAUCUGUAAUUUUUGCUGAUUUCUUCUUGACUAUGGUAAAGAAAAUCAAUAUCAGGUCCACUCUUGUAUCUUAAUUCUUGAGUGUUUACCAUUAAAACUCCUCCCCCCACCUCUAUUACUCAUCAUUUCAUUACAAAAAUACUCCUUCAAUUUGCUUUUUCUUCUUUUGAUCCACUCAAACCUGAAGAAGAUCUUCCAUCUCAUGUGCUUCAGCUUGUGAUCUUAUUCAGUCCAAGUGUUGGGGUAUUGUUUCAAAAACCUAAAAAAUUUAACAGUGCUCCAUGGGUAAAAAUAUCAGUCCUCUCUUGCAAAAAGAGCUGCAAAACCUUGACAAAGAUGCGGAUACAAGAAGAUCUGCUAUGAAAACCCUUAAAUCCUAUGUCAAGGAGCUUGACUCCAAAACAAUUCCUUCUUUUCUUGCCCAAGUUUCUGAGUCUAAUGAAUCUAAGGCAGCUUCAGGUGAGCACACGAUAUCUCUCUACGAAGUUUUAGCUCGAGCUCAUGGCCGCAAAAUCGUGCCCCAAAUCCACAACAUCAUGUCCACCAUUCUCAAAACCUUGACCUCUAGUGCAGGCUCUUUCCCCCUUCACCAGGCAUGCUCUAAAGUCGUGCCUGCAAUUGCUCGAUAUGCCAUCGACCCCACAACACCAGAUGAAGAAAAACUGAAGAUAAUACUUUCUCUCUCUAGGCCUUUAUCUGAGGCUUUGAUGGGUUUUCCCGAGAGCCUAACAUCAGGGGCAGCUCUCUGUCUAAAGGCCCUUGUAGAAUCUGAUAACUGGAAAUUUGCUCAUGAUGAGGUUGUUAAUGACAUUUGUUUGAGAGUAACAAGUGCAUUAGAAGAUAAAAGCACACAAACUAGUCCACAUAUGGGUCUGGUUAUUGCUCUAUGUAAGCAUAAUAGCUUGAUUCUUCAACCAUAUGCUCGGUCUCUAAUGAGGUCUGGGGUCGAAAUUAUGAGAAAUGGGGUUGCAGAUGGGGCAUCUCAGAAACAACUCAAUGUUGUUCAGAUGAUGAAUUUAUUGUUGAAAAGCAUAGAUUCGGAGAGCUUUUGCUCCGAAUUGCCAAGAACAAUUGAAGUUUUGGAGAAAUGUAGGGUUGAUAAGCUACCUUUUGUGAGGAUAGCCAUAAAUGAAGCACUUCAAACUGCAAGGACGAUUCUUGUAAGUAAAGGUCUGGCCCAUGAUGGGUUUGGACACGAGAACUCAACCACUGGUUCAAAUGUUUUUGAUACUGAGGACUAUGGCAUGAGAAAGAGUCUAUGGCGCCUUCCCAAUGGUUCAUCUAUAGGUAAUUAUAACAUUAGAUCACCAAGAUAUGCUUCACCAGAGUCUCAAUGUGUUGUCUCAUUCAACAAUUCCCCUACUUCAUCAGUGCAAUCUACUAGUAACUCUGUAUUCAACAGAUCAGUGAGUCGAAAGUUAUGGAAAAGUGACAAAGGUGGAGUUGAUGUUUCAUUGAAGGAUGGCAUCAGUGCAUCUUCUUUUGAAAGGAGGAAGUUUGAAAUGGGUUCAUUAAGAAAUUUCUCAGAAAGGGACUUUGAGGAAUCAAGAAAUGUUGGGUUUAGUGAAACAGGGGAAGAUAACACUGAAGAAUUCUCAGGUUUUGAGUUUACAGCCAUCUCCCCCAAGUCAGGUGUAGGAAGUUCAACCCCUAGUCCUCAGAGGCCACAGUCCCAACUAACCAUCGACGAUAUCCAGAUUUUCUCGACUCCAAGGAAGCUUAUGAAAUUCCUUCAGGAAACCAACACCCCAGAUUCCAAACUCUCAGAAAGCCCAGCAAAAGAAUGUGGAAAUAAAUCAUUUCAUGCGAAAGACUCGACUCCAAGACGAGUCCCGUCAGAUAAGAGAGAAGAAAAGAAUUCUGAGAUUUCCAGUGUGCUAAGCUGGCAAAGUGAUAGAGUUGAGCCUGCAUCCAAUGGGCGAGCUUGUGGUUCUGAGUCUGUAGCAUCUACAAACAAUGGUUGUGAAGGUACAGGUGUUAGAGCGUUAACUCAAAUGGAUGUAGGAAAGAAAACACUGAUAAAUUCGGGGACAAAAGAGAGGAAGUUUUUGAGGAUUAUGCUUAGCGUGGUUGGGGGUAUUUGGUUAAUAAUUCCUUUGGCCUUCUUGGCUUCCGGUUGGAUCGAGAGUGGUGAAGGAUACGACAACUUGGUUCCAACCUGAAUGCAAGUUACUCAUAGAGAUUGGAAGAAGUUCUUCUUUCGCUGCAUCAAUUCUGUUACGUAAGUUUUUCUAUGUUAUGAUCUGGAACGCCUUUUGCUUUUGUUUCACAACUGUGCUCAAAGCCUCUGCCACGUUGUUUUGUUGUGAACCUGACAAUUUUAUCGUUCAGAAAAUGCUGGUUUUUUCCCUUCA